UUUUUUUUUCUUUCCCCCCCCCCCCCUCCUCCCCCGUUUUUCUCCUCCUUCCCCUCCCCGCGGGCAGUUUGCAUGCAUUGUCUGUCUCCCAAGAUGGUUUGUGAGACCAAGAUCGUGGCGGAAGACCAUGACUCGAUCCCGGGCUCCAAAAAAGACACGAUCAUUGUUUCGUCCUCCCAGAUGUGGCCCACUUUGUCGGGCACCCCCUCUUCUCCCCUGAGCCCCCCCAAAGAGGAGCCCAGGCGCGACAACGUGUACAUCCGCGAAUUCCACCCCUCCGAGCAGGAGGUGGUGCGCCGCAUCUUCUACGAGGGCAUCAUGGAGCGGAUCCCCAACACGGCCUUCAGGGGGUUAAAGCAGCAGCCCCUCACUCAGCUGCUCUACGGGCUGCUGGCGGUAAUAUGCUUUGUUGUGACCAAGUCCUUCCUGCUGACCUGCUGUUUGCCCAUCUUUCUGAUGGGCAUGAGGUACUACUUCAGUAGAAAAGUUAUCCUCCACUAUCUCGAUUGUGCGCUGCAUACGGACAUGUCCGAUAUUGAGCAAUAUUACAUGAAACCGCCAGGGUACCUACUCAGUUGUUUUUCCAUGGGACUGUUUUCGCUGCAUCAUUGCUGUUCCCCACGUGUGACUGACCUCUCCCUAAGGCUCUCCUCCUGGUCACUUCUAGAGGACUAAUAGGAUGUGCCACAGCCGCAAACUUUCCUUCCUCUCACUUCUGAUAUUAUAUUUACCUAGAAUGAUGCUCGUCCUGUAAUAAAAGCCUCAAAAUGUCUUAACAGUGCUUCCUUCAGAUUUUGUUCCCCAUCAUAGCACACAUCUCAUGCAGAUCUUGUUCCAUCUUUCACAGGGGUUGUAUUUAAUUCACAGUGAAGCAACGUGUAACUUGCAUGUAGCUCGUGUGUCCUUAAAAAGCGCAAUCUUCCUUCAAGCUGUUGUCAAAAGACUAAAAGGGCGUGUGGCAAAACACUCCUGAAGCUCUGUGCUGAGGUUCGACAAAGCCCAGUGCUGGAGGAGGCAGUGGGGAACUGCAGAAAAAGAGCAGGCGGAGCAGGCUUCCGAGGUGUUUGAGCCACGUCUGUCCUUGGGGUUUGGGAUUUGUGCGGUUCCAGGUUGGGUGUGGAACCAAGCUCCUGCAUUUGUAAUGCCAGCGUUUGUAGAAAAUAAACCAAAUGGGCUCACAUGAACAGUCAGGAAUGCCCCCCCGCUUGUUUUGGGUCAGGAACGUAAUGCAGAUAGGCCACACUGACAACGUGCCUUUGAACUGUUAGCAUUGCUUUUAUUUGAGACCUAACAGGGCUGGUUUCAAUUUUAGAGCGAGUGUGUGGGCUUUAAUUUUUGACAGAAUUUAAUCAUGUGUAAUUAGGCUUCUGCCAUGCCAUAAAAAGCAGAUUUGUGGGAUCACUGGUGCUUGUGAAAGGUGCUCGAUGAUAGUAGUAUUAAGCAAGUUGGCUGGGGUCAUAACGAGGUAAAACCCAGGGGAGUCUGGCAGGACUGACUCCAUCCGUGGUGCCACUUUACAUGGUGCCCAUCCCCAUGCCAUGGCGCUGCAUGGUGCUGUCUGCUGUAGCCUGGCACGAGGCACAAACUCAACCCUCUGCUCCGAUUUCCCCCCAAAUACAGUUGUCAGAUUUCUUCCCUAUAAGACAUACGAACAGUUGUCUCGGAAAAGCCUCCAGUUCCAUGCACUUCUGAGGCUUAGCACUUGCACUGUCUAUUGAAACGUCCUGAGAACAGGCAGAAAUGUGCCACAUCAGCUCCCCCAGUCCCUGCAUAAAGGACACAAAUGACAAUAGAACAACUUCCAAGUUUGUCUUUUAUUGUGAUAGUUUGCAAAUUAGCACGCAGACAUAAAUUAUUGCAGUGGGAACAAGAAGGGCUCAUUCUCGUAAGCGAUGCCUAUUGUUCCAACUUAGAUAUUACUGAAAACUUUCUCAGUUGGGUAUUUGGGAAGAAGUUGUCACAGGGAGGUUAAUCAGAUGCUGGGACAGGGGCCCAGGGAGGCUGUAGAUACUGAGAGCUCAUCUAGUUGAGGUAAAAUGAACCUGAUGUGACUUCAGGUUGGCUUGGCUUCAGCUGGGAGCAUGACCAGGCAACUUCUCACUCCUUUGAAGCAUCUUUAUUUAUGUGCUGAUUUUUUUUUUUCAACGUGGAAGACAAAGGAAGGGAGCGUUGCCAUGGUGGGUUUACGAAUUGUUGCUUCUCAUGGUGACAGACACAAAGGUAGAGUUGGGACAUGGUCUCAAGGUCUCCGGUAAGGAUGCUGGUUAGGGCUGUACCGAGGUUUUGCUCUUGGCAUCAGUGGCACGAAGAACUGGUGUUUGCCGUGCGCUCCUUGUAGUACCCGGGUCGGGGUUCUGUUGUGCAGAGCAUCAACAGCAAACAGCCUCUGGUCAGGCAGGUGUCUCUGGGGAGGAAAUAUUUUAACUACUGAAACAUUUUAGUUACUGAAGUGGGUCAUUCCUGGUGGUUUUGCUGAAGCAUUCUUGCAGGCUGUGCAAACCAUGGGUCAGUUUAAGAGCAAGAACUGAAAGGUCACAGUUUGUAGUGGGUUGUCAUAAGCACCAAGAUUAACGAUUAGUGGUACUUGCUUCAAAUAUUUUUUUUUCUGCUGUAGUUUUUCUGACCCACUAGUCUCCGAGUUAGUUAUUGUCUUAAAUUUCCUCCACUGGGUUUUGUAUGAACUGAAAAAUAUGUGCUGACAGCGAUUUUGCUGAAGUACACUAGCCAAAAUUUAAAUCUUUUUCUCUUGUCCUCCUACACUUACACCAGGAUUCUGGCAGAAAAUUUGGGCCGGAGUUUAACUCUAAGCUCUUAGGCAGUAGAUUGACUUGAAUUGCUGUUGACUUCAAAGGAGCUGUUGGUGUUGAGUUGUGUGCUGGAUCGGGAUCUUAAAACAGAGGAUUGAAUGGCCCAGCCUUCACAGGCUCUUCGUUAGCUUGCAAUUCUCAUUUAAAGUAGCACAUACUGGUGGCUUUUAUUUUCUUCAUAGAAAAAAAAAAAAGGCACUGGGGCGGUAGAAAAGGAAGGAAUUGGAUAAUGGGCUUAAUUGUCAACCAGAGUAACUUGGGCUGUAGUAAACAAAAAAAAAAAUUAAUUUUAAAUAGAGAAAUGCAGGAGGCAGGGCUCUACACAAAUAAGAGGAGCACAGCUGGAGUUUCUUUUAUGGUCUGAUGGUUUUGUCGACUAAUCAAUUUUACAGUGUCUCUUCAAGCUUCUGUCACAGUUGGUUGUUUAGUGUAUUUUUGUGGUGGUUUGUGUGUUGGAAAGAUUCUUGCGAGGUUGAGGUCUCCGCUGGAGCGCUGAUGGAAACCAGAGCUCCUCACUUCUGGCGUGAAACCGCUGCCCUCCCGAAUGAGCAGAGCUUCUGUGGACGAACCGGCAUGUCUUCUUGUGGUAGUUUCAGGCCUCAUCUCCAGCUACGGUCCGUCUUGACCUGCUGUGUGGGUGCCCCUGCAGCAGGACGUGCGUGUGGUGGUGGUGGUGCGAAGAUCUCCUUGUAGGCCUCUGCCCCAGCAGGACGGGCAGGUGACUUGGAGAGCUGUGGCUGCUAGAGCUGGUGGAGGCCUGAGGGCAUCUGCCUUGUGUAAUGCAGCCGAUUAAACUGAGGAAUUGCUGUGGGAUAUGUCGGGUUAGGUUCAACAUGCCAGGCUGGCAGCUGUGGUUUUCGGUGGUGGCUGCAUGUCUGCAGCCAUCGCUCUGUGGUGGCGUGGGCAGGGCUGGAGGGAGCGGUUCUACCAUCUCCUGUGAGUCCCCAUCUUGGACUUUCUCCUUGCCAGUUGUGUACAGGGAGGCAGCUGUCCUGGUGGGCAGGGCAGAGCAGGUUUCCAUCACAUCUGGUACAUGAAUAGGUUACAUUAUCCUGGGGUUGAACUGGGCCCUAAAACAGGGAUGGCUCAUGAGGGUUUAGUCCCUGCAGCUCAUGGGCGGCACAUCACUCAGGUGAGCCCAAAAGAGGGAUGUCCUGCACUUCCUUCUCAGCAGAGAUCUUGGGUUCAUGUCCUUCUCCUGGGCCACCAGCUGAGGUGGGCUCAGAAGGUUUUUGAGGAGGUGACACCCUGCUCGUGGCAGCACUGCUCGCUCCUUUCCAGGCACUGCUCACGUUCAGUGCAGCAGCUGGGUGAAGAACGGGUAUUUCAGUUGUGCUCUUGGGCUGGGCACAGGGGUUUUCAUGCCAGAGAACAGAGCUGACACCAGAAGGGCUGACCCCAGGAGCACGUGAGGAGAUGAGCACCUGGAUGAGAAAUUAUGCAGUUUCUGUGCUGCCAAACCUGGGGGGCACUGGUGGGGUGAGCGGCCCCAUCGUGGCUAGCACUUCUUCCCCAGGCACACUGGUGUUUUGGUGUACCAGGCCAGUGUGGGCACCAUGAGGAAAAUACAGGGGCCAAUGGGAGCUGUGGUUGCUCUGCCUCACCCUGUGCAAGCUGGGGGGGGGGGGUUCCUCCCCAUGGUGGGGGUGAUGGCCUGCGGCAGGGAGGUGGAUGGAGCCCCCCAGGCUCCAGUUCUUCCACAUUCUGGGUAACUCAGCAAGCAGCUGAGCCGCCAGAUAAGCGGGAGGGACGCUGCCCACUGAUAACAUUGUUUUGAAAGAAUAGAGCAGCUCUUGCUUUGCAAAGCCAGGGCUUAGUUACCUGACCCCGGGAGGGGGUGGGAGGGGGCUCGGGGCUGCUGCUUCCCAGUGCAGGAAUGUGUUUUUGGAGAGCCCUGCCCUGCUUGCCCAUGCCCGAGAGGCAGCAGGAAUCUAAGGCAUCCCUAUCUCCAGCAUUUCUUGCUGGCUUUGCAGCACCCUGACCUCGGGCAUCUGCCAAAUCCCUGCGCUGGCUGUCGUGGGUCGGGAUUUUCUCCUGCGUGCCGCUGCUCACAGAGAGCUGGGGAGUCCAGACUGGGGCUUGGAGUGGGAGCAGAAAACCCAGAGGAGAGGCUGUGUCCUGAUCCUAGCGGCAGAA